AUGAACACCCUGACAGAGAUGAUGGCGCAGAGAGGUGAGAGGAUGAAGCAAGAAGCAAAAAUGGAAAAGGAGGAGAUAAAAGCCUGGAGCAAACCCUUGGAGAACUCUGCAAAUCCCAGCACCCAGAGACGGGCAUGGAUACUGGACCCAUCGGGGGAUUUGUACUACACCUGGCUUAAUAUCAUGGUCCUUCCUGUCACAUACAACUGGGUGAUCAUCAUCUGUAGGUCAUGCUUCACAGAGGUCCAGCACAGAUAUCUGGUUGCCUGGCUGGGUCUGGACUACCUAUGUGAUAUUCUCUACCUGCUGGACAUCAUAGCUAACUUCCAUACAGGAUUUUUGGAAGAAGGGAUUCUAGUCACAGAUCGUCGACUUAUUGCAAAGAGCUACUUGGUAUCUUCGAAAUUUCGCUGGGACCUGGUGUCUCUGCUCCCCACUGACCUACUUUAUAUCAAGCUUGGCCUCCACACUCCUGCUGUGCGUAUCAAUCGAUUUCUCCGUUUCCAUCGACUCUUUGAGGCCUUUGACCGCACAGAGACACGUAUUCCUUACCCCAAUGCUUUCCGCAUCUGCAAGCUGAUGGCCUACAUCUUUGUUGUAAUCCACUGGAAUAGUUGUAUCUAUUUCGCACUGUCUAGUUACGUUGGCUUUGGCAAAGAUGAAUGGGUUUAUCCCAAUAUAUCAGACCCAGAUUUUGGACGCUUGGGACGUCAGUAUCUGUACAGCUUCUAUUUUUCUACCCUCAUACUCACCACGGUAGGUGACAUUCCUGCUCCCAUGCAAGAGGAAGAGUACCUCUUCAUGGUAGUGGACUUCCUGAUCGCGGUUCUUGGCUUUGCCACCAUUAUGGGUAGCAUGAGUUCUGUUAUCUCCAACAUGAACAGUGCAGACAAGGCAUUCUACCCAAAUUAUGAUAUGGUCAAGCUUUACUUAAAGAUGUAUAAAGUCAACAAGAAACUGAGAAAGAAGGUCAUCUCCUGGUAUCAGCAUCUCCAGAUCAACAAAAAGUUAACCAAUGAGAACCUGAUUUUGCAGCACCUUCCUCAGAAGCUUAGAGUGGAAGUGGCCGUGAGCGUUCACAUGUCAACUCUCAGCAAAGUGCAGAUCUUCCAGCACUGUGAAAAAGGUAUUUUGGAGGAACUGGUGCUGAAGCUAAAGCCCCAGGUCUACAGCCCCGGAGAGUACGUGUGUAUGAAGGGGGACAUUGGGCGCGAGAUGUACAUCAUCAAGGAGGGGAAACUGGCUGUUGUUGCAGAUGAUGGGGUGACACAGUUUGCUGUUCUUGGAGAAGGAAACUACUUUGGGGAAAUCAGUAUCCUAAAUAUUAAAGGCAAUAAGUCGGGAAAUAGGCGAACAGCAAAUAUAAGGAGCAUUGGAUAUUCUGAUCUGUUCUGUCUCUCCAAGGAAGACCUAAAGGAGGUGCUGACCGACUAUCCUGAUGCCAAAUCCAUCCUGGAGGAAAAGGGAAGAGAAAUACUACUCAAGAUGAACAAACUUGAUGAAAACUUGGCCGCCCAGCUUGUGGCCAAACAAGAAGAGAUGGACAAGAAGGUGAAGAGACUGGAAAACAAUCUGAGCUCCUUACAGACCAAACUGGCACGGCUCUUAGCCGAACUGGAGUCCAGCGCUGUGAAGAUGUCGAAAAGGAUUGAACAACUGGAGUGGGAGAUCAGCCUGUGGGAAGAAGAACCGGCAUCAGAGGCGACAGAGCAAUAA